GUUGGAGGGAGCUAUAAAAAAAAUCUCAGCGCAGCGAACACAGAGCACUACGGCAGCGCGCACCGUGAGCUCUCACCAUCACCCAAAGAAUCCUCUCCCCUUGGCUCCGUCCCACACUUGGCCGUCCACGGAAUCUCCGGCCAUGGCCGCGCUGCAGAGCCCGCUGCUCGGCGGCGCCGGCGUGUCGCCGGACGCGAGCUCUCCGCGCCGCAGGGUCCGCCGUCCGUGCGCCGCGCUGGGCAUCGCCGUGGCGCUGCUCGCCCUGGCCGGCGUCCUGCUCCUGCUCCUGGGCUCCGGCGUCCAGCCCGGUCGGGGCUCGAGGGCGUCCGUAGGCGCAGCGCGGGAGAGCCGGCACGAGGUGGAGUCCGGCGCGGCCGCGGUGGCCGCGGACGACGGGCGGUGCUCGGAGGUGGGCGCCGCGGCGCUGCGGGCCGGCGGGCACGCCGUGGACGCGGCCGUGGCGGCGGCGCUGUGCCUCGGCGUGGUGCACCCGAUGUCGAGCGGCCUGGGCGGCGGCGCGUUCAUCGUGGUGAGGGACGCGGCCUCCGGCGACGCCGUCGCCUUCGACGCCCGCGAGACGGCGCCGGCAGCGGCCACGCCGACCAUGUACGCCGCCGACCCGACGACCAAGUUCAAGGGCGCGCUCGCCAUGGGCGUGCCGGGGGAGCUCGCCGGCCUGCACGCCGCGUGGGCGCGCUACGGCCGGCUGCCGUGGAAGUCCCUCUUCGCGCCGGCGAUCGCGCUCGCGCGCGACGGCUACACCAUCGUGUCAUACGUGGCCAAUGCGCUGAAAGACGAGGAGGUCGACGUGCUGGCCGACCCCGGCCUGCGCGCCGUGUUCGCGCCCGGCGGGCGGCUCCUGCGCGACGGCGAGCUCUGCCGCAACCCGGCGCUGGCGGACGUGCUGGAGGCCGUUGCGGAGGAGGGGGUCGCCGCGUUCUAUGGCGGCGCCGUCGGGGAGAGGCUCGCGGAGGACGUGAGGCGGGCGGGGGGCAUCGUGACGGCGGAGGACCUGAAGGGGUACAGGGUGGGGGUGAGCAAGGCCAUGGAAGCUGACGCCAUGGGGUUCACCUUCCUCGGCAUGCCGCCUCCGUCCAGCGGCACCGUCGGCCUGGCGUUGGUGCUGAACGUGUUGGGUGGGUACAAGUCGACGGAGUUCUUGAAGGGGUUCCUCGGCGUGCACCGGCUGAUCGAGGCGGUGAAGCACAUGCUGGCCGUGCGGAUGGACCUCGGGGACCCCGGCUUCGUCAACGUCGCCGGCAACGUCUCCGAGAUGAUGUCGCCGGAGUUCGCGGACAAGAUCCGGCGGAGGAUCGCCGACAACACCACCUUCCCUCCCGCCUACUACCUCGCAAAAUGGAGCCAGCUGCGUGACAACGGCACGAGCCACCUGUGCGUGGUGGACGGCGACCGGAACGCGGUGGCGAUGACGACUACGGUGAACUACUACUUCGGCGCGCACGUGCUGUCGCCGUCCACGGGCAUCGUGCUCAACAACGAGAUGGACGACUUCUCGGUGCCGUCAUCGAACCCGGCCCCGGACCAGCUCCCGCCGGCGCCGGCAAACUUCAUCGCGCCGGGGAAGCGCCCCCUCUCCUCCAUGACGCCGGCGAUCAUCCUGAGGGACGGGCAGCUCGCCGGCGUGGUGGGCGCGAGCGGGGGCACCAACAUCAUCACGGCGGUGACGCAGGUGUUCCUGAACCACUUCGUGGUGGGGAUGAGCCCCCUCGCGGCGGUGCAGAGCCCCAGGGUGUACCACAAGCUGGUGCCCAACGUGGUGCGGUACGAGGACGCCACGACGGCCGACGGCGAGGUGAUCGAGUUCAGCACCGAGGCCAUGGAGUUUCUGCGGCGUAGGGGCCACGUGCUGGAGAGCACGUCGCCCGGGGCCGUGUGCCAGUUGAUCGUGCAGGACUUGCUGGCGCCGGUCUCAGGUGGGGGCGGCGGCGGCGAGAACGUGUUCCGCGGGAUGCUGACGGCGGUGAGCGACCCGAGGAAAGACGGCAGCCCUGCCGGACUAUGAUGGACAUAUUGUUCAGACGUGUCAGGUGUACAUACAUUCAAACAGAUUGUUCUGAACCCAAUGAUCUUUCUGAAUGUUACAAAGUAUUUACAUGUAGUUGUCACUCCCUUCAGCUUCAGCUAAGGGUUGAGUUGUCUCCAAAAAAAAAAAGAGAUGAGGGUUGAGCCCUAUAUCACAAAUAUUCUUUGAUA